AUGAUAAGUACUCUUCAACAAAUGAGUGGUAACGCAGUCCAAAAACGGAUUCUUAAAAAUGAUUUCCCGAGAAGAGAUAAUACCCCGAAUUAUCCUCUGAAAUUACCAUCGGACUUUGGAAAUCUGAUAACUAAAUUUAUGUUUCGUUGUAAUAAAAAUCGGCCAAACUUUAACGAGCUGGCUGACUAUUUAAAAAUAACGGAUGCAUACAUCGAUGCUGUUCGAAGUUUUGAUAUCGAACAUUGCGAGUUCUUCUUCAAGCAGGAGCUCACUUGUCUCAAAAUAACCUUUGUCCCAUGGGAAAAAUUAGCCGAAGAAUGCAAGCAGCUGAAAAUGAAUAGAUUCGACCUGAUCUUUGUCUUACGGAAACUUGUCAACUCUGGAGCUCGUCAUACAAUGCAAACGUUUUGUUUAUCGGAUACAAAAAUCAACCUUGCAGGGGAUUGGGCAAAAUAUCUUGGAAAUUUCUUUCCACUUCUCACAACACUCGACUUGGCUUUCAUCAAAAUUAAUCAAUAUGAAUUUCAACAAAUGUGCGCAGUUUUCAAGAAUUUGAAACGGCUGUCGCUCAGAAGAAACGGAAUAACAAGCGUCAAUGGAGUUUCAAAACUCAAGCAGCUAGAAGUUUUAGACGUAAGCGAAUGUGCAUUCAGUCAAAAGGAAGACCUCAGCGAUAUAUUCGACUUGGAACAAUUGAAUGUUUUAAAAUUUACCGGAGCCUACUAUGAUCUGAGAAACAUUGAACUUUAUGUGGAUAAUAAUAGAUCUGCUCCUAGGUUGGCUUAUAUAGAUUUUUCAUCAAACGCCAUCACAAGAAAUACUAUUGAAAAGAUUGUCAAAACUCAUCCUCGCCUGCAAACAUUUUUAUUGAUUGGUUGUGUUAUCGAUGACAUUGGAAACAUAGAGGAAGUGUAUAAACACAUCAAGUUUUAUUUGACAACGUCUUUGAGCCACUGUUUUGAAUCUAUAGAUUUCUGUUGCUUCAAAAAAGAGAUCGAUUUCUCCGAUAUGGAUGAUAAGCUCAAAGAUAUUCUUGAAGACAUAGACAAUAUGCUUCAUUUUAAAUAUUAUGAGCAAUCUACUGAGAACAUUGUCAAGAGUGUAGAGUAUAUCUGCAAGGCGAAUUCGGUUGUUAAAACUUUGACAGCAAAUAGGUUUUUAACCAAUUGUUUCUACACCCUGUGCCUAAAGCCAACUCGAUGUCAACUAUUCAAUCAUCAUCAAAAACAAAUGAUUGUUCACGAUCUUGUCGUAGCGCAUGAACGUGCAAUGAGAUGUAUUGAACCAGACGGAAAAGACAUUUUAUAUCGAGUAUGGUCCGUUCUCAUACUAGAAGAUGUUGUUGAAAGUAACUGCAAGUAUCUCGGGCAUGUUUGCCGUUGUGCUCGAGAAAUCAUCGCGAAUGCUGAGCUGGAUUUAAAGUGUCGUAUAUGCGCCAUCACUGUUCUGGCCAUAUUUAUUGAUAAACUGAAACCGACUUUUUUCAAAAUAGUCACCUCCGGAAUAUCUUUGGAGGAACACCUCUAUCGUCUUUUAGAAGUCAGCAGUCUCACUCAUCUCGAGUACACAUAUGUUUCCCUUCUCAUCAGGAAACUCCAUCAGCUCAAUACAUCUACAUGUAAUAAAGAAAAACGAAAUAUAGUCAAGAAGUAUAUGAUUUGGAUGGAUGUAUUUGAAGAAUAUCGCGACCUCACAAUGGACUCUCUAAUUGCAAUUUUACCAUCACUUGGAAAACGACCUCGAGUUUAUUUCAGAGAGAAAGAGUAUAAUUUGCUCUAG